GGGUUCAUUUCCAUUUCUGAAAAUUCUCAAUGCCAUUUGGAACUUCUUUUCUUUUCUUUUUUAAUUAAUAAAAACGCACAUAAGUCUUAACUUAGUAUACGAUACAAAUUGAAUAAAAUGCACUUAAAUUCUUUGGUCUAAGCAAAAAAAAAAAAAAACAAAAGCCAACAAAAAAAAAUAAAAAACUUGGGCGACACGCAUCUCGAAGAGCUAAAUUAACGGUACACGAAAAUGGGUGUACGACAGUGGGUGCAUCUGCUGAUGAAUGUGGGACGAGUCGGCAUCACAACACACCUGAUAACAUAUCGCCUGAAGAGCGCGCUGAUCCGCACGAUGCCCUGGCUGCAGAUCCAAAGGCCGCUGCAACAGCUGCCGCACAGCCGGCAAAUCGGCGGACGACUGGGCAAACGGGCGCCCAACGCGGAUCUCUGGCGCACACAGAAGCUGCGACGUUACGAGAAGCCGCUAACGAACCGGCACCGCACGGAGCAGCCCGACUGUUACAUGAGCCCAGCCCAGACCACCCAACCGAAUCAAUCGACCCAGCCUCUCCAGCUGCUGCAGCAGCUGCAGCAAAGGCAGCAUCAGCAUCAGCAGCAGCAAUCGCAUGCCACAAUCGCGAUCAGAAAUUCCUUGGCAAUGAGAGCGCGCAAAUCGGAUCUGAAGCAGCCGUUGCAAGUGCGGGACGCGCUGGUCAGUCGCUGGGUUAACUACAGGCAUCUCUCCUCCUCGAAGCGCUGAACGGGGCCGCCCUCUCUGUCUAUAUAUAUUGGUCUUUCAUUGUAUGUGCGUGCGUGUGUGUGUGUAUGCGUGUGUGUGUGUAUGCGUGUGUGUGUGUAUGCGUGUGUGUGUGUGUGUAUGUGUGCGUGCGUGUAUGCGUGUGUGUGUGUGUGUGCAAAUGGUGUCAAUGGUCAAUUCCCAUGUGUAGCUGAUUUUCAACAUCAUUAAAAAUCAUCCGAAUUGUCGCUCGUGACAUAA